UGAAACACUCCCUGAAAUAUUUUCUUACUGCAUCUUCUGGAGUCCCUAACCUUCCAGAGUUUGGGGCGGCGCUGGGUGAUGAAGUCCAGGUCGGUUACUGUGACAGCAACAUCAGGUCUGCAGAACCCAAGGACUGGAUGAGGAAGCUGAUAAAGGACGACCCACAACACCUGGAGUGGUAUGCUCUGAAGUGUUCGGGGAAUCAGCAGGUCUUCAGAGCCAACAUUGACAGCUUGAAGCAACGUUUGAACCAAACCGGAGGUGCCCACAUCCUACAGAGGAUGAACGGCUGUGAGUGGGACGAUGAGACCGGAGAAGUUAUUGGUUUUAAUCAGUACGGCUAUGACGGAGAAGACUUUAUUGCGUUGGACCUGCAGACGCUGACAUGGAUCGCUCCAAAACAACAGGCCUUCAUGACCAAGCUUCGAUGGGAUGCUGAGAAAGCUAGAUUAGAGUAUAAUAUAAACUACUACAUACACAAAUGUCCUGAUUGGCUGAAGAAGUAUGUGCACUAUGGGAGAAGCUUCCUGCAGAGAAAAGAGGUUCCCUCAGUGUCUCUCCUCCAGAAGUCUCCGUCCUCUCCAGUCAGCUGCCACGCUACAGGUUUCUACCCAGACAGAGCCAUGAUGUUCUGGAGGAAAGAUGGAGAGGAGCUUCAUGAGGACGUGGACCUCGGAGAGAUCUUCUCCAACCACGAUGGAUCCUUCCAGAUGAGUGUAGACCUGGACCUUUCAUCAGUCCCAGCUGAAGACUGGAGGAGGUACGACUGUGUGUUUCAUCUCUCUGGUGUGGAGGACGACAUCGUCACCAAACUGGACAAAGCAGAGAUCAGGACCAACAGAGUGACUCACUCUGUGAAGUAUUUAUACACGGUGUCUUCUGGAGUCCCAAACUUCCCAGAGUUUGUUGGUGUUGGGUUGGUCAAUGACGUUGAGAUGGAUCACUAUGACAGUAUCACCAAGAGAGCAGAACCCAAACAAGACUGGAUGAGCAGAGUCACAGAAGACUAUCCUCAGUACUGGGAGACGCUGACAGGGAUCUUUGUGAGUGAGCAACAGUUCUUCAAAGCCUACAUUGAAAUUAUAAAGCAGCGCUUCAACCAAACUGGAGGUGUCCACAUUCUCCAGAAGAUGUACGGCUGUGAGUGGGAUGAUGAGACUGGAGAGGUUAAUGGUUAUGAACAGAUUGGUUAUGAUGGAGAAGACUUCAUAUCAUAUGACUUAAAGACAGAGACGUGGAUCGCUCCGAAACCACAGGCUGUCAUCACCAAACACAAGUGGGACAAUGACAAAGCUUUGAUAGCUCAGAAUAAACACUACUUCACCCAGAUUUGUCCUGAGUGGCUGAAGAAGUUUCUGAACUAUGGGAGGAGCUCUCUGCUAAGAACAGAGGUUCCCUCAGUGUCUCUCCUCCAGAAGUCUCCGUCCUCUCCAGUCAGCUGCCACGCUACAGGUUUCUACCCUGACAGAGCCAUGAUGUUCUGGAGGAAAGAUGGAGAGGAGCUUCAUGAGGACAUGGACCUCGGAGAGAUCCUCCCCAACCACGAUGGAUCCUUCCAGAUGAGUGUAGACCUGGACCUUUCAUCAGUCCCAGAUGAAGACUGGAGGAGGUACGACUGUGUGUUUCAUCUCUCUGGUGUGGAGGACGACAUCGUCACCAAACUGGACAAAGCAGAGAUCAGGACCAACAGAGCCCGUCGACAGGAACCCAGGGAGGAUUCGGAGCUGUUCAAAUCCCAGCCGGCCUCUGAUGUCGACGCCUUGGGCAACAAACGUUACGUAGGUAAGUUGAACUUAAAGGGUUAA